AUGUUUGGUCAGGAGUUUAUCAUCAACUCUCCGGACUUUGAGGCCGCCAAGUUCUGGGUGGGGAACCUGGGUAAGACCGCGACCCAUGCUGUGGUGUUCGCUCAGCUCUACACAUCUGACCAGGUGUGCCACGGCCUGCACUCCUUCGUUGUCCCGGUGAGAGAUUCCAAGACCUUGCUUGCUUUGCCUGGUGUGCUGGUUGGAGACAUGGGCAAGAAGCUGGGCCAGAACGGACUGGAUAACGGGUAGGUGA